AAUAUUUGUUUUGUUUGAAAUACGUAAGAUUUGUUGCAUGGCAACCAAUGACCAAAAAUAUAGUAGUAGGUGGUAUCACGACCACAAUACCUUUAACUCACUAUAUAAAAUUGGCAAUCGUGUGUACAAUGUUAUUUUAGGGGUAUAAAUAUUGAAUGUCAGACAAAAACACUGAGUAAUUUCCUUUAUUAAUCCAUAUUAUAAUAACAUAAUUUGCAUAACAAUUUUAUGUUAUUAAUUUGCCUGCAUUAACAACUUCUAUCUAUUAUCAUGGACGAAUUUGAAGUAUGGGAAGACCAAGAAAUCCAAUUCGAUUUGAGUAUCAAUAAAGUUUUGAAAAUGAGAAACGGAGAAAAAAUAAUAGAUCGGCUAGAAUUUAUUGAAGAUACAAAAGGAAAUAGUGGUGAUAAAGGAGUACUUGUUAUUACAAAUUUAAGAGCUAUUUGGCAUUCUAUGACAUUAGCAAGAAUAAGCUUAUCUAUUGGUUAUAACUGUAUUCAGGAUAUUUCUACAAGAAUUGUUAACUCCAGAUUAAAAGGGAUAACAGAAGCAAUUUAUAUUCAAGCUAAAUAUAAUGGGUUGAGAUAUGAGUUUGUCUUCACAAAUUUAAUACCGGGUAAUACAAGACAUUUCACAUCAUUUAUUGGAGUUUUCAAAGCUUAUAAUUCUAGCAGACUAUAUCGAGAAUUAAAACUUAGAGGAGCUAUAAUAAAAAAUGAUCGUUUAAGGUUAUUGAUGUUUGAAACAAUGUAUUCAAUUGCUAAUGGUGUAUGGAAUUUAUCGAGUGAACAAGGAAAUUUAGGAACAUUUAUAAUUACAAAUAUUCGAUUAGUAUGGUACGCAGAAAGCAAUGAGACAUUCAAUAUAUCACUUCCAUACAUUCAUAUAAACUCUAUCAAAAUUAGGGAAUCCAAAUUUGGAGAAGUGUUAGUAAUAGGUACUAAUGGAUAUAGUGGAGGAUUUACACUAGGUUUUCGAAUAGACCCUAAGGAACGGUUACGAUCCAUCACUAAAGAGUUGUCAUCAUUGUUUCAUAUUCAUUCUCAAGUACCAGAAUUUGGAGUGCAUUUUGUUAUUACUGAUCAGGUAGAAAAUAAUGAACCUGUUCUAAUACCAACAACACUUUCAAACAACUAUGACGAAUUUGAAGAUGAAAAUGCAAUAGGUGUUUCAAAUACUUUAGCUGCAUACAGUGUGAGUAAGAGAGGCAAAGAUGGAUUACCACAAUAUGAUUUUUCAUUGGGUUUAGCCAUAGAAACAUUACCAGAAGGUUAUACAAUGAGAUCAUUGUGGGAAGUUAUAUCAAUAACUAAUAAAUAAUAAAUACAUUUUUUUAAA